CUAAUCAGUUAUUAUUAUUAUUAGGAGAACACAUUGGAAAUUAUGAAAGAUAUAUUAUAAUAAUGUUUAUAUUUAACGUUUGUAUUCAAAGUUUUCUUUACAUAUAUCGCAUAUUCUAAAUAAUAAUAAUUUUACAAUGAAAACACGAGUCUGCCAGGCCACCAGGUCGCCAACUUUGUCAAGAUAGCCAGAUUUGUUCAUUCUGUAUUUUUCUUGUCAGAUCACGUCAAAAAAUAUGUCUCUGGAUAAUGUUUUUAUCAAAUUACAUUUUGUAUUUAUAGUUCACUAAAAUCAUGUAGAAAUCGGAGAUGAUUUUCGGAAAUAUAAUAAACUUUUUGCAUUACUUCUUUUAUUGUUAAAAGAUUUGCACAAACAAAAGCAAAACAUAAUUAUAAACAAGUCAAAGGCGAUGGAUUCAAAAGUAGCAAAGAUGAUAUUUCUUCCUGCAGCUCAACGACACUGGUUUUCAGCUUGCAAAUGCAAUUGCAAUUGCUCGCACAGAAAGCAAGGUAAAAACUUCUCAAUCGGAUUCGAUGACUUCGGUCUUUUGUAUUGUUUCUAAACAAAAAUCGUCCCGUUGGCCGGAAUAAGUGAGUAAACAUUUGAAAAUCCCUGGUUGCUGAUUGGAUGUUUAGACUAAUUAAACUAUACAUAUUCAAAGAUAGAUAAGUGAAAAACGUUCGAGACCUCUAGAAAAUAUAAACUGUCAGAAGACAGAGGAAUUUUGUAUUCAGCAGUUUACAGAUAAAAGUGUAAAAAUGCUGAUGAAAGGUUGGGCAGUCUUGUGCUACGUUUAUAUUGUAUUUGGGGAUAAUGAGGAACAAACGUGUUACUCAAGGUUUGAUUACGACGAAAAAAUGCUUACUAAAUUAGUAAAACUUGAAGAAAAAAUAAAAAAGAUGGAAAAGCUUAUCAAAAAGCGGAUAAAUUUUGAAACCUCACUUGAAGGGACUGUCGCAUUCACAGUUACUGAUCCUGCUAAUGUCUUUACUUUGGGUUCUUUGACAUUCGCUACGGUUAUAUCGAACGACGGAGAUGCUUUCAACUCAUCUACAGGAAAAUUUAUUUGCCCUAUCAGCGGAAUGUAUUACUUCAGCCUGCAUCUUGUGACUGUAACCGAAGAUACUUUUAUACAAAUGGGAUGUUAUAUAACAAAAAAUGGGUUAAAUAAAGUACGCGUUUACACGGAAGCACCAGAAAAUGGGGCAUUUAGGAGUCAGACAAUCUAUGGUGUGUCCAACUCUGUAUAUCUGAAACUUGCAAAGGGCGAUGUUGUUACCGCAGGAGACUGUAAUCGGAAUGCAGAAGCAAAACUGAAGUCUUGGUCAUCAUUUAGUGGAUAUUUAGUCAGGCCGAUUAUGUAAAUGACGCAACGUAGAGACACAAUUCGUUGAAAGAUGCUGAUAUAGACGAUAUAUGUAAGACAGUAAUUAAGCCGUACACAUGCAAGUGUAUUAAACAAUGACAUCAAAGAUGUAGAGGUUUAAUUCUUACGGUUUUAGGUGUAUAUUUUAUGUAAUAUUCAGUAUACAGAUACAUGAUGAAUCUAUUCUCAAAUUACAGCGGUACGCCUGACAAAGGUGUAAAGAUGAUACAAAGUCUUCGACUGUUGAUCCAAGUUGUAUCUAAAAGUUGCAAACAAUUAUAACUGGUUUUCUGGUAUUGAUGGUACAGCCGAAGACGUCAAACACGCGUCACUUUAUGACACACUGGCAGAACUAACUCAGUCAGUUGGACAUUUUCUUAAUAGAAGAGUAAAGUGAAAUCUUAUCACUGUUGUAGCUGCAUGAUGAUUGAAGUAAUUAUAUCAGAUCACUUAUGUAACAACCAGUUACAUGUAAAAUCAAUCAAGCCAUUUUGGGCAUUCACUGAUAAAAGAAAACACGUAUUCAAGCCGCUGCCUUCCACAUUUCAGUCGAUUAUUUACUCUUCAGAUUCAAGUAAACUAAACUCUAUUAUACUUUACUAUAAAUAAAAACAAUACAGCCCGUUGAAAUCGACUAUAAUGACCGCUGUUGACGAAUCCAUGACGGCACAGUGUGCUUUACGCGCCAUAAUCUUAAUAUAUUCUGGCGUCGAUGUAAUAACCUCUUAAUAAUUUCUCUUUAAGUUAUGAGAAUUACCUAUAGUGUAGAGUGCGAACAUUUAUGUUUGAUACUAGGAAUGGUUGUCGGAGAAAUAGUCGAAAGUGAUUGCACUUCUUAACCUGUGUUAUUUAUGACUAUAUAAUGGGACAUUGGAUUUCAAAAUUGUUUAAAAUUGUAUACAGAAAAACUUCUCUUCGUGACGAUGGUAGAAAAACGUUAGCAGUGUAAACUUUUAAAACAAAAUCUAAAAUGGAAGAUUGUUGAUGAAAUAUAUUUUCUACGAUGUGCAGAGCUGGUGUAUGACAUUGUACAUUACAGUCGAACGUCGUUCGCUCGAUUUCGACGGGAUCCUUAAAAUGUGUUCGAAUUAUCGACAGUUCGAGCUAUCAAACAAUAUACACUUUAUAAGGAUUUUGCACGGACCUGAUAAUGAGUUCGAGCUAAAGGUGGUUGAUGAAUUAUCCGAGUUCAAGCGAACGAAGUUUUACUGUAUAUUGUAACUAAACAGAUACCCGUAUAUUUGGAUAUGUCCAAUAUGGCCUCUCAAAACAAACAAACAAGCCAAGAGAAAAAAAAUUGGUCAUCAUUUAAGUCCUUGAAGAUGUUUACAUCGUUCUACGUCUUUUUCAAAUUUAGUACUCAACUUUGGUCAGUAACCCUGGUAAUGCCUAAAGAAGUAAUCACUUUAUUGGCAUGGUGAAUUGUAUUGUAUUUACCAUAAAUAGAUUUUAAGUGUUCAAAUUUGUAACAAAUGUUUCAAAAGCUUUGUUUUUAUUGUUAGUAAAAUAAACAUAUUUCGACUUCAAGGUA